UGAAUAGGAUGAACUAGCAUGCCGCAGUUGUUUUUCCAGUACAUGCGCAUUGCGCCGUUCUUCGAACUCCAACUGGAGCCGCUGGUUGCGCAGCAGUCCCUGCUGAUCAUUGCGUUCGCCAGUCUACUGCGACCCACGAGUCGCACGCUCAGCUGUGUUAUGUCGCUGCGUUUUUGUUUACAUGUAAUCAGCUGAUUUUUAACUCUCCGACGGGCGAAAAUCAACAAAAUGCCUUUCAUCUCGAAAGACUGGCGCUCCCCGGGUGAGGCCUGGGUGAAGACCGACGAGGGUUGGGAAAAACUGAAGGUGCUCGAACACAAUAUGUUGCGGCAAAAAGAAGACGCAGAGAAAAAUGAAAGUUCGACGAGCUCGCAACCGCAUUGCCACAUAACAAUAAAGUGCACUCGAGAGAUUGCUGGUUUCAACGAGUUGGACGAAGUUGUCAAACGAUUAGACUUCAGAAACGCAGUCCGUGAUGUGCGCCGAUUUAAUUACAUCUGCGCUUUGCUGGAUUUACUCGUAGGUCAACAAAUGACCGCGCUAUCAGGGUGUACACAACGCGUCCUGCUUGCUAUGCUCGAGGAAGUUGCAAGUUACGCAACCGCCAACCAACACAACCCGCGUGCCCUCCGCCGUCUUCUUGCGAAACUACGCGCUCUUAGUAAUGCGGAACAAGCUGCAUGCUGGGGAGGCACGCUGGGUUCGAAACCACUGUGGAGACAACACGCGCUUACCAUCAAGCGUAUUCAGAGCAACGCCGGCGACUUUCAAAUCAGCGAGCCGUUAAUUGCCACUCAGCCAAACUUUCUGCAGCUGCCUGAGGAGUGCAUUCGUGAGGUGGUGCUGCGUCUUUCAGAUCAUCGAGACCUUUCGGCUGCGGCCGACGCCUGUGACGAACUCACUGCCAUCGUCAACGAGCAGCGCGUGUGGCGCGAGCUCACGCGCUUCCACUUUACCAAACAGCAGAUUGAUUUGAUACGUGUCAAGUGCAAUAAGAAGGACUGGCGUGAAAUUUAUCACGCUCUCAUGAGAUGUCAUGGUGUAAGCGAAGAAAUGCAAUUUGCCGAAAUGUUGUCGCUCUGCCGCUACUGCUGCUGCCUCUUCUGGCGAUCGCUGGGCCACCCGUGCAUCGCUGACCAAUGCCCUGAGUUUAGGGCAAGACUGCAGGAAGCGGGUGGUAUCUCACCGCCCAGCCCGGUGCCACCUUCGGCAUUCCUAAAAUUUUUCUCGUUAUAAAGCGGAUGCGGAUAAAUCUUUCAAGCUUUAGUUGAGUCGACAACGAAGCGACUCUUGCGUCCUGUUAUCAAAAGAUGCUUUAAUUAUAUAUCGUAUAUCUUCUAUGAAUGGAUGUCAUAUUUUAGAGGACAGAGGAAAGUCACAAAUCAAUAUUUAUAUGGUUGAAAUGAGAUUAUAAAAAGUAAUGUAUUUUAAGCCUUUCAGAAAAGAGUCGAGCAGAUUUUGUUUCGAGUAUAUCUCAAUUUAUUUUGUUGAGUAGCGCAGUGUUGGUUAUAAGCAUUUAAUAAUGUAAUGGCGACUAGAUUCUGUAGCGGUUCUCUUGUUCAAUGGUGUCUCUAAACUAAUUCUUUGCCAAUCGCAAACACGUUUCGAGUUUGAACGUAUCGAAUUGCUUGAACUUGCCGAGUUCUUGAUUAGAAAUCAAAUUUAUUGUGAACAGAUAACAAACGACUUAAGUAAGCCACAUAUACGAAUAUAAAAGUUACUAUUUUCCUAUGAUACUUUACAUAAUCGCGUUUAGGUUCGCAUGAGUUUUUAUAUGUUAGAAUUGCUUAUGUUAUAGCGAUGAAUCACACCAACUAAUGUUGUCUAUAUUAUGUUUUGAAUAGCAGUCAUUCACGUUUAGAGAGUGCGUUAGGUGAAUACCGAUUAAUCUCGAUUUAGUGAUAAAAUAUGAGGAUCAAUAUAAUGAUGCAGCUGGUAAUUUGUUAUGUUAUACUUUUUGUGUUUUGUUAAUAUACUAUUUAUUUAGAACUAA